GCAAAAUUACCCUUUUGGACCCCUUGGCUUUGCAUAUUCCAUCCAUGAUUGUGAUUGAGAGAGAGCUCUGUUUCUUUUGGCUGCCACCCAUCAAUGAUUGAGCUCGCCAUAUAAAUAUGGUGGCUACUUGAACAAGCUUCAGCCACUAACCGGAGUUUACAGGGACAGAAAAUCCAAGGCUUUUCUUACCAGGGAGAUAGAGAGUCAUGGGCGCCGAUUACUAUAAGAUUCUUCAAGUACCACGAAACGCCAGUGAAGUUGACUUGAAGGAAGCUGCCGAGGCCAAAUUCAACCAACUCUGCCAAGCCUACGACGUUUUGAGCGAUCCUCGAAAGCGAGCAGUGUACGAUCAGUACGGCGAGGAGGGUUUGAGUGGAGGGUCAAGGCCGGGCGGGUCUCGGAGCCCAGAAGAUAUAUUCGCGGAGUUUUUUGGAGGGAGAGGCGGCGGCAUGGGCCAGUCACGGGAUGACGGGUUUCGGGACCCGGACGAUGUGUUCUCCGACUUUUUUGGACAGAGGGUUAACAUGGGCGAGUCACGGGCCGGUGGUUCUCGGUCUCGGAGCCCCGAAAUCAGGAGUAUGAAUGGCGAAAAUAUAUUCGAGUCGCUUAUAGCCGCAGCGGAGGGCAAUGGUCGGCAGAGGAAAGCAGCGGCGAUAAAGAGGACAUUGCCUUGCAGCUUGGAGGAGUUGUACAUGGGCAACACCAGAAAGAUAAAGAUUUCUAAGGAUGUUGUUGGUGCUAGUGGAAGAAGAAGCACAGUGGAGGAAGUUGUAAAUAUUGAGAUCAAGCCUGGUUGGAAAAAGGACACCAAAAUCACUUUCCCAGAGAAAGGGCAUGAUGUAGAGCGAGGUGUUAUACCAGCCGACAUCAUCUUUAUCAUUGAGGAGAAGCCUCAUAGUUUUUUCAAGAGGGAUGGGGAUGAUCUCGUUGUCACUCAGAACAUUUCUCUUGCGGACGCUCUGACAGGACACACAGCGCUGAUGACAACGCUUGACGGGAGAAAUCUGCGGGUCUCCAUUGAUUCGAUCAUCGGUCCCACCCACGAAGAAGUGGUUAAAGGGGAAGGAAUGCCUAUCCAGAAGGAACAAGGCAAAAAGGGUAACUUGAUUCUCAAGUUUAACAUCAGGAUCCCCAAGCUUACCUCAGAGCAGAAAACUAGCAUCAAACAAUUGUUAACAUCUUUGUAAAUGUUGAUUGUACCAUCGAAGUUUUUCUUCUGCUUUUCAUUUUCUCUGCACCCAAACAAUAACUUUCUAGGUUUCCCUUCGCCAUCUACCAAGCUUUCCUGAUUGUACUGUGUAGGUUUGUGUGUGUGUUGUGUUAGCUGUAUACAAGUAGAUUGCUCUCUCCACCACAUUAUUGUGAUGAACGGGAGCAAUUAUUAUUGUAAUAUAUCGUGUAAUCUAUGCUCUGUAAUUAACUCUAUUUAGGAGCACUUCCUGUUACA